GAAAACUAUGCGACUUCAACGUGCUAUUCAGAUUGUUGGAUUGGUUUUUGAAGUAGAGAGUACUUGUAAAGGGAAACCGAGUUAAGUGAGUGUGCUUCAUAGAUUGAAAGUUAAGACGUGAACUCUAAAGUGUGUCUCAUGGACGUAAUGUCCGUAAGUCCGAAACAUAGUACGCCAUUUUCAGUGACGGACAUUCUGAACCCUAUCGAGGAGCUACAGAACUUUUCAAACUUUAACUUCCCGUUGCGCAAAACGACGUUCGGCGACAGCGGCUUCUCCUCCCUGGGCAGCGCCUACUCGUAUCGCAACCCAGGGGCUCAGGCUACCAUGAACGGCAUGAGCGCCGCCGCCGCCAUGAGCGUUCCGGUCACCAACCCGUACCACAACUACGUGCCGCAACUGAGCCACCACGGACCGAGCUUCCCGUCUCAGUACUGCAACGGAAGUGAAUACUACGGAGACUCCAUGAUGCGCAAUUCCUCCAACUGGUACAACGCUGGCACUUCCGACCACAGGCUUACCAUUUCCCGCCUGAUGGGCAGCCAGAGCUCGUGUGCCAUGUCGCCAAUGUCGUCUGGCAUAAACCCGAUGAGCAACAUGGGCCUUUCCGGUUUCGACCAACAUAAGGGUAUGCAGUUCCCGCUCUCGCAGCGCCGGAAGCGCCGGAUCCUCUUUUCCCAGGCGCAGGUGUACGAGCUCGAGCGGAGGUUCAAGCAGCAGAAGUACCUGUCGGCUCCCGAGCGGGAGCACUUGGCCAGCAUGAUAAAUUUGACGCCGACUCAGGUGAAAAUUUGGUUCCAGAACCACCGCUACAAGUGCAAACGACAACAGAAAGAUAAGGAGAAGCUAGACACGAGCGCGAGUUCCAAUGACAGUGCACAUUCCCCACAAUCUCAACCCAGUCAGAACUCUCCGAAGAAAGUCGCCGUGCCGGUGUUAGUCAAAGACGGUAAACCGUGUACCGGAAAUGUAACCGGAAGUGGUGACGGCCAUAGUUCACAAAAUACGCAAUCACGGGUUAGCCCCGUGUUGAACAGCACUCAGAAUAGUCCUGCGCAUGCGCACAAUACUAGUGUAAAACAGGAGUCCCAGUCGCACCAUGGUAGCUCAAUGCUCACAGGUGGCGCACCUACGCAUUGUUUCUCGUCGUCGUCGUCAUCGUCACUCUCCUCAUCCACAACAGGACUUCAGAACCCGUUAAGUUACCCGCCGCCCAGCAUGAAUGGCGGAUCGCCGUAUUUACUGAGUGGACGUACUUGGUGACAGCGCCGUUAGCGUCCGGUCUCAGUUAACGCGGUUCCGUGCGUUUAUUGAUGUUAGGCGAUGUUUGCUUUUCCCAAGUCGGGUGCUCGUAAAACGACCGGUUUAUUGUCAGUGAGCAAACCGAGCGACAUAUAAAACAGAGGCGGGGAGAAUGUUACACGCUCACGGCAAAGGUUUUAUGGUUUCUUAGUAUAGAACGGAUGGAAAUGUGCAGUGAGAUGCGCUGGAUAAUGUUGAAAUUUAAUACUGUAGACUAAACGUGGGUGCGAGUUGCUGACUACCCCGGGCGCAUGUACCUACGUUGUCACAUGUACUUAUAGACAAAGAGAAUGAAUACAAGAUGCCACCAAAAUGCAGUAGCCAGUUUUCAUGGUUGGAUACAAUAUGCUUUAAUAAUUAAUAAUUAUUAUUGAUAAUGCUUGAUUUAAAUUCAUACUUUCAUAUGAUAAUAAAGAUUAAUGUAUAAUGCUGCUUUCUGAAAGGAACAUUAGCAUAUGUAAUUUUACUUUAAAAUAAAGAUUUAUCUGCAAUAAUAUUUUCAUUGUUUAAGCCAUAAAUGCAUAAUAUAAUUUGUGUGAGGUAACUGAACAUUUUUGUCAUUAUUGUCCAUAAAGUAUUUGUACAAAUUUAGACGGUGUUUAGUUUAUUUACCUCAGUUUUGAUGACGACAACUGGUAGUUUGAAACAAACCUUUGACGACUGUGCGUUGCGCAUUUGCAAACUUUCUGGAAAUAUUGCAAAAUCGGUAUUGCAGCGAAAUAUUUAUUUUUAAUAUAUGUUUGUAAAUUUGUAUUUAUAUUUGUUCACGAACGUGCUGUUUAAAUGGCAAAGUUAUUAAUCUUGUUUUUAAAGCAAAUUCGUGACCAUGGCUUAGAUUGCAAAUUAAUUGUUGAAAUUUGUUGUUCAUGGGAUAUCUUACAGUGAAUAUAAAAUUACGAAUAUUGAUAUUUGCCAAAAGUGUAAAAAGUGAAAUAUUAUUUUAUAUUAAGUAUGUUUGAAAUGUGUUGUGAAGUCAGAAACUCUGCAAAAAUUGCGUUCGAAAGAGCGUUUGUGACCUGGUACAAUAUGUUGUAGAUAUACAUUUUUAUGACAUUUCGGACCAUUUGGGUCAAAUAGUGCAUUCUGAAUAUGACAAUCAAAAAUAAAGUCUAUUUAUGAAUCUA